AUGAAGGUUUCCACUACCCUCGCUGCUGGAGCUCUCGCCAUGGGCGUUGAGGCCAAGAACUACCUUGGUUUCAACUCGGGCGCCACCCUCGCCAACCGAGAGGCCAAGUUCAAGGCCGACUUCGCUGCCGAGUUCAAGACUGCCCAGGGCCUCAAGACUGCCCCUGGUGACUUCAGCGCCGUUCGACUCUACACCAACAUCCAGGCUUACUCCGAGGAUGACCCCAUCGAGGCUUUCGAGGCUGCCAUCGACACAGAGACCGAGAUCCUCCUUGGUGUCUGGACCUCUGGCACUGACAACAUCGACAAGGAGAUCAGCGCCCUAAAGAAGGCCAUCGACAAGUACGGCACUGACCUGACCGACCUCAUCAUUGGUGUUUCCGUCGGUAGCGAGGAUCUCUACCGUAACUCUGUUACCGGUGUCAAGAACAAGGGUGGUGUUGGUGUUCAGCCCGACGCCCUCGUUGACUUCAUCAACGACUUCCGCAAGGCCUUCAAGAGCACCCCCAUCUCCAAGAUCCCCGUCGGUCACGUCGACACCUGGGACGUCUGGGGUAACACCACCAACAAGGCCGUCCUUGACGCCAUUGAUUUCAUUGGUGUAGAUGAGUACCCCUACUAUGAGAACGGCAAGGGCAACGGUAUCGAAAACGCCGGCAAGCUCUUCAACAAGGCCUACGAGGCCACCAUCGCUGCCUCCGCUGGCAAGCCCGUCUGGGUCACCGAGACCGGAUGGCCCUACAAGGGCCCCGACUGGGAUGAGGCCGUUCCUAGCAUCAAGAACGCCCAGAAGUACUGGCGCGAUGUUGGCUGCAAGUACCUCUUCAACAAGACCCCCACCUUCUGGUACAACCUCCGCGACUCCAACCCCGACAACAAGAUGAAGUUCGCUAUCACCGAGAACCUCUCCACCACUCCUCUCUUCGACCUCUCUUGCGACAAGGUUGACGACGAUGAGGAGAAGACCUCCAGCUCUGCUGCCGAGUCCAAGACCAAGACCUCCACUGCUGUUUCCAAGUCUACUCACGCUUCUGCUUCUGAUUCUGAUGAGACCACCAUGGCCACUGCCACCGCUUCCGCCACUGGCAGCUCUGGAAAGGAUGAGGAUGAGGACUCUACUGCCACUGCUACCGCUACUGGCUCCGGUUCUCACUCCAAGCCCACUUCCGCUUCUGGAUCCAGCUCUGGUGACGACUCUGCCUCCGAGUCCGGCUCCGGUUCUUCCGGCUCUGGCUCCUCCGGUAAUGGUUCUGCCUCCGAGUCUGGCUCUAGCUCCGGCUCUGGUUCUGGUUCUGGUUCUGGUUCCGCAUCCGAGUCUGGUUCCGAGUCUGCCCCCGCUGAGACUCCCAGCGCCGUUGUCAGCGGUGCUACCAGCUUCACUAUCUCUGCCGCAGCCCUUGCUUUCUUUGCCCUGUUUGCUCUGUAA